AUGUAUCGUACAAACGUAAGUAUAACCAUUGAUUUUUAAUACGACAUGUUAUGUGAUAUUUUAUGCAUUUUAUUUAUUGUAUGAUAUAAUUAAAAUAUAAAAAAUUGUUUUAUAGCAAAAUGGGCAACCCCAGAGGGCAAAUACUGAACCCAUUCAUCAAAACCGAGCAAAUGGAAGGCAACCUCCUCCUAUAAAUAUCCCAUUGACAGUUUCAGAGCAAUUUAGAGAAUCAUGGUUAACUGCUAUUAUUGGACUUAUUAUGUUUGCAACUGGCAUGUGCCUUUUGUUUUGGAACGAGGGAAGAGCCGUGAAGGUAGCACAUUCUUUGGACGAAGCUUUACGCAAUGUAGCAGUACUUCCAAACGUGAUGAAAUUAUUACCUGAAUAUGAAGGACGUUUGAUUCAUUUAUCAGGGCCAUUAAAGGUAUCAGAACCAUUAACUGAGCCUGACUAUGGUGUGAUUGUAUCGAGUGUGAAACUGAAACGCAGAGUACAGAUGUAUCAAUGGGUUGAGAUAGAAGAAGAAAGGAGCUUCGGAGGAGUAACAGAAGAAGAGAAGCAUUAUUAUUACACAACAGAAUGGAAGGAUAAGCUUGUUGAUUCAGAUCAUUUCUAUAUUAGAGCUGGCCAUCAUAACCCGAAAGAAAUGCCUAUUAAAAGCCAAGUGCAAAUUGCAGAUGAAGUUAACAUUGGCGCAUUCACUCUUGGGACUGAAUUAAAGAAGAAAUUUAAUAAUUUUGUAGAAAUUACCAGUGAUGAACGACCCGAGCGUAAAGAUAUUAAAAUGCACUCUGGUUUAUAUUACCACAGCUCUAAUUUGUGGGAACCUGAAGUAGGUGAUAUACGUAUACAAUUCUCCUAUGCUGGAAAAGCAGGAGAUGUGUAUUCUAUAGUUGGCAUGUUACAAAAAGGAAUUAUCGUACCAUAUAUUACAACCCACGGAGAAGAGAUUUUACUUCAGCAAAAACACAAAAUAUCUGUAGAUCAAAUGUUCCAUCUGGAACAUGUACACAAUUACUGGCGUACAUGGAGUAUCAGAGGGCUUGGAUGGUUAGUCUUAUUCUUGGCAGCAACGUGUUUGGCGAAUAUAUUGAGGACAGUGAUCCUAAAUUCAACAUUUUUGUGUGGAAUAAUCGCAGUUGAGUCUCUAACAAUGUCUGUAUCGAUGUCUAUUAGUUUACUAGUGAUUGGUUUUGCUUGGGUAUGGUAUCGACCAGUAAUAGGCCUCUGCUUAGCAUUAGCAUCAAUUUUGCCAUUCAUUUAUUCAACGUUGACAUCAGGAUCUCAGUCUCAGCAACGCGAUAGCUACAGAAGGCUGUGA